AUGUCCGGGGCCGGCGCCGAGAAUACCAAUAAUGUCGACGCCGACGACGACGACGACAACAACAACAACAACAACAACAUCACCACAUCAACAAAGAGGACGACGACGACAACGACGACGACGACAGAGCUUGUCUCCAUUUCAGGGACCGCCAUUAGACUACCGACGAAACGCUCUCACAGCCGCAGAUGA